AUGGGAGCCGCCGCCUCCGCCGCCUCUCCUCCCCCGGAGGCCGCCGAUCCACCGCCCAAAGAAGACACCCAGCCUGCCGCCGCCGCCGCCGCAGAUGCGCCCCCGGAGGCCUCCGCGCCCGCUGAUUCCGCCCCAAAAGAAGAGAUCCAGCCCGCCGCGCCCGCACCCGGCGGCGACGCGGAAGCGGAGGGGGAGACGGUUGUCUUCGACGCCGCCGCCGCGGAGGCCGGCGGGGAGGAGGAGGUCGGGGAGUGCCCCUUCUGCACCUACAUGAAGGGCGGCGGGUGCAAGGACGAGUUCGUGGAGUGGGAGAAGUGCAUAGAGGUGGCGGAGGCCGAGGGCGGCGACAUCGUCGAGCGCUGCGCCAAGGCCACCACCGCGCUGCGCGUGUGCAUGGACAAGUUCCCCGUUUACUACGAGCCCAUCCUCAGCGCCGAGCGCCGCAUGAGCGAGGAUAUGGAGGCCGCCGUCAAGGAGGAGGCCCAGGCAAACCAAACCUCCCCCGCCUCGCCGCCUGCGGUGGCAGGGGAGGGAGAGCAGGGCGACAGUAAGAAGCAGCCAGAAGAGGUUGUGGUGGUCAAGGAGAAGGAAGCUGGCGGCGAGGCGGGGGAGCAGGGCGACAGCAAGAAGCAGGCAGAAGAGGAGGUUGUGGCGCUCAAGGAGAAGGAAGAUCUUGCGGCUUGA